AUGUCAGAAGAUAAUAAUAAUAAUAAUGUUCAAGUUGAAGAGGACAAGGUUAGAAUUAGAUUCAUAACCAAUGAUGAAAACAUUAGAGUAACAGAGACACCAUUUGGCGUACCUGUUAGAUUGGGUCGUCUUGGUCUUUCAGAGGUUGUAAAUCAUUUGCGUAGCAGUGAUGCAUCGGAGCAUCGUCCAUUUGAUUUCCUCAUCAACGGUAGAUUCGUUAGAACCAGCCUCGAAAAACAUAUCAAACAAGCUGGUCUCUCUGAAGAACCAGUCAUCAAUGAAAAAGAGAAUCAACACGAUGAUUGGAUUUCAAGUCUCGAUGGUUGUUUGUCUAGUGGAUUGAUUGUCACUGGUUCAUACGAUCUUGGUACUAGAGUUGUCAAUGGUUUGGAUGGUGCUACAUUGUUGACUACCGUUGGUCAUUCUGCACCAGUAAAGAGUGUUGCUUGGGUCAACAGUCAAGAUCGUUCUCAGCUCGAAUAUGUAUCUGCAUCACACGAUAUGACCAUUCGUCUUUGGUCAUGUAAUCUCGAUCAAAAGACCUACAAGACAAGAGCUAUCUUCCAAGAACAUACAGGUACUGUUGAAUCUGUUUCGGUUAGUCCAGAUGGAUCAAAGAUGGUGUCUGGCGCUAUGGAUAGUAAAAUCAAGUUGUGGGAUCUCAAAAACAUCAAAUCAUCAUCUGUCACCAAUCCAACUCAAUCUAAAAAGAAAAGAAAAACUACUGAUACCACCACCACUGAAGAAGAACCUGAUUAUUUAAAAGAAAAAGAUAUUCAAACUGUUAAUGAAUCAAUAACAUCAUUGGAAGGACAUACUCAAGGAGUAUUGAGUGUUUGUUGGCCAACUCAAUUCCAAAUAUUGACAGGUGGUAUGGAUCACGGUAUUAAAUUAUGGGAUAUUGAAACAAUGACUUGUACAGAUACAAUCCGUAGUGGUGGUGUAGCCAUUCACGAUGUAACCUACUCUACAGAAUCUACUUUGAUAGCAACAGCACAAGCCGAGAAAACAGUACGUAUUUGGGAUCCUCGUGUUAGUGACGGAAAAUAUAAUGUUCAAUCAAUGUUGUCACACAAGAGCUGGGUGACAAGUAUUCGUUGGCAUCCAACCUCUCAAAAUCAACUCGUCAGUUCUUCUCAUGAUGGUACCGUUAAAUUCUGGGAUAUUCGUACAAAGAUUCCUCUUUACACUUUGGAUAAACAUACUGACAAGGUUUUAUGUGUUGGUUGGUCAUCAAAUUCUUCUACCUCUACAAAUCCAUCUAUUGUUUCUGGUGGUGCUGACUCUAAGCUUAAAAUUUAUAAAUAA